UUUUAAUCUCAUUUUUCGUUACAAAAUCAAGCAAUUACUAUGUCACGGACAAUAAAAUCUCUCAAUCUCUUUGCACUACAAAAAGUUAAAAACUUCACCCCACCAGCCUCGGGCAGUCAUUUCUUUGCUUCCAAUGGCGGGUCUCCACACCUCCCUCCGCCACCAACCACCGUCCUCGGCCGCUAACCACCAUUCCUUCGUCGCGAAGCUUUUACUCCUCCUCACCGUUCUCCCUCUCUCCCUCGCCAUCUUCGCCUUCCUCCUGCAAUGGCGCGGGGGCGGCGUAGACGAUCCCAUUUCGCGAUGGUCGCCCGAUGAGGCCCACAAGUUCCCGGGAAUGGAUUCUUCUCCCCUGCCGACGGUUGGUCACUCUUUAUCUCAUUCGACUGAUUGUUCCAUGCUGCUUGGACACUCCACGACGGCGUCGUUUCCGUAUUUCAGGGAUUGGAAGUUCAAAUUCGAUGCCGAUCUUAAGCCCAAGAUAUGUAUUACAACAAGUACAUCUGCAAGCUUGGAGCAGAUUUUGCCAUGGAUGUAUUAUCAUAAGGUUAUUGGGGUUUCAACCUUUUUCCUUUUUGUUGAAGGGAAGGCUGCAUCUCCUGCGGUGUCCAAAGUUCUUGAAUCCAUUCCGGGAGUUAAAGUGAUAUACAGAACCAAAGAACUGGAGGAGCAACAAGCUAAGAGCCGAAUCUGGAAUGAAACUUGGCUGUCAAGUUUCUUUUAUAAGCCAUGCAAUUAUGAGCUUUUCGUGAAGCAAUCCUUAAACAUGGAGAUGGCAAUAAUUAUGGCAAGGGAGGCAAGCGUGGACUGGAUACUUCAUCUUGAUACUGAUGAACUGAUGCAUCCAGCUGGUGCCCGAGAAUAUUCUCUGAGGCAAUUGUUGAGUGAAGUGCCUGCAAAUGUGGACAUGGUUGUUUUUCCUAACUAUGAAAGUAGUGUUGAACGAGAUGACAUCAAGGACCCUUUCACGGAGGUCUCGAUGUUCAAGAAAAACUACGAUCAUUUAACAAAAGAUACUUAUUUCGGUAUGUAUAAAGAAUCUACACGUGGCAAUCCCAACUACUUUUUGACAUAUGGGAACGGGAAAUCUGCUGCUCGGAUACAAGAUCAUCUUCGGCCUAAUGGUGCACACAGAUGGCACAAUUACAUGAAAACUCCAAAUGAAGUGAAACUGGAAGAGGGUGCAGUCUUACAUUACACAUAUGCCAAAUUCUCUGACUUGACUUCUAGACGGGACCGAUGUGGUUGCAAGCCUACAAAAGAGGAUGUGAAACGAUGCUUUAUGUUGGAAUUCGAUAGAUCUGCAUUUAUAAUUGCUUCUACUGCAACAGAGGAAGAGAUGCUAAACUGGUAUCGGGAACGUGUUGUGUGGACUGAUAAAACUCUCAAUGUAAAAUUGUUAAGGAAGGGAAUCUUAACACGUAUCUAUGCUCCCAUGACUAUAAUCCAAGGCCUAAGGGAAUCUGGUACAUUCGGGUCCAUCAUUGCUGCUGCUCAAGGCUCGUUGUCAAAGGACAAAUUCUUAGCAUCUGUUGAGAGCAGUAAUUCCUCACGGUCACAAAAAUCGAGAAAGUUAGGCAUAAACUCGGAAUCUCGAUCAACGGUCAGAAGAAUUCUGGAAAUCGACUCUCCAUUGCAUGAACAAGCUGUGCCACCACUAUCUCCGCCUGGCAUUGAUGGUGACCUCAAGAUUGAAGCUUAACAUUCUCCUUACGCGGCUUGCUGCUUUUUUCUUCCUUUGAGAAAAAUGGCAAAUGAGAGGAGAGUGCGUGGAUUUUUAUUUUUUAUUUUUUUUCCUCUUUUUUGUGGUGAGUUGUAGAAUUAGGGAAAGAUUUGAGCAGGCAUGCAUGCGAGUAGGAGUGUGAAGAAUUGUGUUUCGAUCUUAAGGCUUUUUCCCGAUCAUUUACCCAAGCGGAAGUGUAUAUUAUGAUGAUUUUGGACAAGAAAGAGGGAAGGAAGGAAAGAAAGCUGUGGGAACUGAGACAUUUCAGCUCCACAGUCUCUGUUGUGUUUUAGAGAUGUUGAUAGAAAAUCAAGGGAUUUAUUUCUUUUGUUGUAUAGUACAUCUUGUGGUAAAUGUUAUACGAGCCCUGAUGCUUGCUCGUCGAUUGUUGUGCCCACAAUCUGUUUUUGUUGUGCCCACAAUCUGUUAGGCCUUAUCUCUAUUGAUGGCAUUUUAAAGAUGAUACAGGGGUUUACUUUACAUGCUGUGUGACUGUCACAAAGUUAGUUUGGUUUACUUUCAUUGGAGUCGUAUGACUUAACUUAUUGGUAUGUCAGGCGGUUAGGCGGCGUCUAGGCGGACCUAGGCUCUCCUAGGCGGGCUCGGCGUCAGUUUUUCAAUUUUUUAAAUAUUAAUUACAUUAUUUUGUUCUCAUGUUUUCUUUAAUAUAUA